GUCAGGCUGUGAUAAUGAAACACCACUACGCUGUCAUCUCAAAAAGAUUUGAGAUCCUAGUAAUUAGUCCUUUGCUUUUCAAAGCACAAUAUUGGGCUUCAGGCAUCUGCAUCCGCAGUACAGUCUUGCUUCAAACGGUCACUGCAUUGGGUCAGAGAGGUCUUGCUGCUUCUCCAUUAAUCUCUGACAGCCACUGGGCAGGGAAGAUGAACUGUCAGUAGUGUCUUUCAAGAUCUUGCCAACAGCAAAGGGAAACAUCAACGCUACAGAAAAUUCUGUAACUGACAGCAAUCAAAAUUCAUAUGACCAAUUAUGGACCUGUUUCAUACAAGGGAAAACUAUGAAGUUUAUCAGGGAAAACAAUGGAGCCUUAACAGGACCAUCCCACACCCCUGUGCAAGGAGUGCCUCAGGACACUUGAGCUAUUUAAACAUUUGGCUAAUUUUAUGCUUGUUUCCAAGAACCUGUGUAUCAAGUCCUUCAAAACCUAAUUUCUUGCUGAUACUGGCUGAUGAUCUUGGUAUUGGAGAUGUGGGUUGCUAUGGCAAUGAUACAAUAAGGACUCCUAACAUUGAUGGCUUGGCAAAGGAAGGAGUGAGACUUAAUCAGCACAUUGCUGCAGCUGCUGUCUGUACUCCAAGCAGAGCUGCUUUCCUGACUGGCAGAUACCCCAUCAGAUCAGGCAUGGCCUCCAGCACUCAACAGCAGGUCCUCUUUUGGAACGGGUGUUCUGGAGGGCUUCCACCAAAUGAAACUACUUUUGCCAGAAUACUGCAGCAGCAAGGUUAUUCUACAGCACUUGUAGGGAAGUGGCAUAUGGGUGUGAACUGCAAAACCCGCCGUGAUCACUGCCACCAUCCUUUAAAUCAUGGCUUUGACUAUUUUUAUGGCAUGCCUUUUACCCUUUUGAAUGAGUGUCAAGGCACAGACGACCCUGAACUGGCCAAGUCUUUGCAAGAUAAGUAUUGGCUUUACACACAGAUGAUCACCCUUGCAGUAUUUACUCUUGUGAUUGGAAAACUUGCCAAUUUUUUCCCAGUAAAAUGGAAAAUAAUCAUCUGUCUGGCCAUCUGUGGUCUCCUUCACUUCCUCUCCUGGUUCUCCAGCUAUGGUUUCACCAAGUACUGGAACUGUAUCCUGAUGAGAAACCAUGAUAUCACUGAACAACCUAUGAACCUAAACAGAACUGCUUUUAAUAUACUGAAAGAGGCAGUUACAUUCAUUAAAAGAAACAAGCAUAGACCAUUUCUUCUCUUCGUUUCCCUUUUACAUGUUCAUACCCCUCUCACUACCACAGAGAAGUUUCAAGGAAGAAGCAGGCAUGGCCUGUAUGGAGAUAAUGUAGAGGAGAUGGAUUGGAUGGUGGGAAGGCUUCUGAAUGUUAUUGACAAAGAAAGCUUGAAGAAUACCACAUUAAUUUAUUUUGCAUCUGAUCAUGGAGGAUCCUUAGAGGCUCGCAGAAGAAAUUCUCAGUUGGGUGGAUGGAAUGGGAUCUAUAAAGGUGGAAAAGGAAUGGGAGGAUGGGAAGGAGGAAUCCGUGUUCCAGGAAUAUUUAAGUGGUCGGGAGUGUUGCCUGCAGGGACAGUUAUUGAUGAACCUACAAGCCUUAUGGACAUUUUUCCUACAGUAGUUCAUUUAGCUGGAGGGGCAGUGCCUCAGGACAGGGUAAUCGAUGGGCGCACUUUGCUGCCUCUGCUGCGUGGGUCAGUUCGACACUCCGGGCACGAGUUCAUGUUUCACUACUGCGGUGUGUUUCUGCACGCAGUGCGGUGGCACCAGAAGGACAGUGGCACCGUGUGGAAAGCUCAUUAUGCUACUCCAGUAUUCCAACCAGAAGCCUCUGGAGCCUGUUUCAGAAGAGGAAUUUGCCCAUGUUUUGGUGAUGGUGUAACCCAUCAUGACCCUCCACUGCUGUUCAAUCUCUCACAAGAUCCCUCUGAGGCAAAUCCUCUGUCAGCUGACACUGAGCCCUUGUUUGACACUGUGAUGAGGAGAAUAAGAAAAGCCGUGGAAGAGCAUCACAAGACGCUGACUCCAGUCCCACAACAGCUGUCCCCUUACAAUAAUAUAUGGAAGCCAUGGCUGCAACCAUGCUGUGGGACAUUCCCAUUCUGUUGGUGUCAUGAAGAAAAUAACAAAGCAGAUAGCAUAGUUUAAUACCAGAAUCAAAGUUAGCUUCUUUAAAGAAGUUGAUAGUUUUCACAUUUACAUGACAUUUACAUUCAUAGAGAAAUUAGAGAUAUGGGUUAAAUUACACUGGAAUAACUUAAAGAGAUAUUAUUGGGUUUUUUUCUUCAACCUUUUUCCAUACCCACAGAAAUUUAGUAAACCUGUAGUUUAAAAAUUAGGGGUCACCUGUAUAAUCUACCCCUCAAGUGCAUAAUUCUGGAUUAAAUA